CGCUGUGAUUGGUCGAGGCGCUCGGUCGCUACAGCGGGUCAUCCUCAAGCGCCCGGCGGGGAGGCAGCUAAAGCUAGCGAACCUGAAUUAGCGAGAGCGCUGCGUUUAGAGGAGCUUAAAUCUGAGCUUCUGGUCAGAGAAAGAGGGUUCCAACGAUGGCUGUGGAGUCGAGGGUGACCCAGGAGGAAAUUAAGAAGGAGCCGGAGAAGCCGGUCGAUAGAGAAAAGACGUGUCCGCUGCUGCUUAGAGUUUUCACCACAAAUAAUGGGAGGCAUCACAGAAUGGACGAGUUUGCCCGAGGAAAUGUACCAUCAAGCGAGCUUCAGAUUUACACCUGGAUGGACGCCACCCUGAAAGAGCUGACCAGUCUAGUAAAGGAGGUUUAUCCUGAGGCUCGAAAGAAAGGCACACACUUCGGGUUUGCUAUUGUUUAUCCAGACCCUAAAAGACCAGGCUACAGGGUCAAAGAAAUCGGUAACACAGUAUCUGGGCGCAAGGGUGCAGAUGACUCGAUGACCCUGCAGUCUCAGCGCUUUCAGAUAGGAGACUACCUUGACAUUGCCAUUACUCCUCCCAACCGUGCUCCUCCUAUGCCAGGCCGUAUGAGACCCUACUGAGUCUCUCCAUGCUAGAACCCUGGUGCCUGUGUGGUCUUGUCUACAUGAUUACAUUUUGUUGUUGUCUACGUUUUCUUCUCAGAAUUUUUAUACUGGAUUUAUUGGCUUUGAGUUUUUAAGGUUAACCCUACCCUCCAUGUAACACUUAAUGGUGAAUAAAAGUUUUUCUCUAGUAAA